AACUCCUACCAGCAUGUUUUACUUUAGCUAGCCAGCAGAUGGGAUGGAAUCUGUCAGCAUUUAGGGGCACCUUUAAAGCUCAAACGUUUCGCCCAUAUUUCCGGCAACAUGUGGUGAACGACAUCCCGCAUCUCUCUUGCUCAAUCACCACGACAGCGUCACUGUCUGUCUUUGCGAACCAAGAUGGCGCCCACAUCGCAGCUUCUCCCUCCAGUUGCCAGCUUGUCAGGCGUCGGCUUGCUCGCGCUGGGGUCAGUGGCCCUGCUAUAUAUCAUCAGCCGACUAUUUCUCAGUAUCCCUUACCCUGAGGGCAUCCCGCUCAUUGGCGAACCUGAUGGGGCCACACGAUUCAGCAUCCGCACGUAUUUGCGGUUCUAUACCGACUGCCAGGGUCUGUUCCGUGAGGCCUACGAUAACUAUACCAAAAAGGGAAAGCCGGUCAUCAUUCCAGGUAUCGGUUUCCGCCAUGAGGUCAUUAUGCCCACGAGCUCGAUGCGAUGGGUUCAGACACAGCCGGAAAGUCAGCUCGAUCCCAGCACCGCUUUUGCAGAGGUCGAUCAGGUUCACUGGGCUCUUGGCCACGACCGAUAUGUGGUGGAUGCGUGGCAAGGACACCUGGUCAAGACCGAGAUGAAUGCGAUCCUGGAGAAUAUUUGCGCCGCCAUGAACGAGGAACUCGGUACCGCCUUUGACAAGUGGUUUGGGACCAAUCCGGAAUGGAAGGAAAUCGACCUAUUCGAGUCGUUGAAGAUGGUCGUUGCGCAGGCAGCUAGUCGCUUCACCAUCGGCCCAGGCCUGGGCCUUUGCCGUAACGAAGACUACCUCAACCUCAACUUCGAUAUUAUCAACCAGCUCAUCAUGAACGCCGGCGCUUCCGGAGCAAGCCCUCGAGUUCUUCGACCUGUUGUAGGUAGGGCUGUCAACUUUACGAUACAUGGCAAGAUCAACAGACUCAAGAGGAUGUUCGAGCCGCUUUGGAAGGAGCGUCUCGAGACUUUGAAGUUCGCUCGCGAUGACCCAGACCACAUUGAGCCUCAAGAUCACCUGCAGAUGAUGGCCCGUUACGCCAAGGACCACCGCCAAGAAGAGUUCAACGAUUUGGACAUGAUGACGCGCCGCCUAAUCGCAGCCAACUUCGGAUCCAUGCAUCAAACCAGUAUCCAAGCCACCAAUAUGCUUCUCAACAUUUUGGGAUCAGACACGGAGUUCAACACCAUCACGACCCUCAGGGACGAGGUUGAUCGUGUACUGUACGCCGAUGGUGACAACGACUGGACAAAAGCCAAAGUGAGCAAGAUGGUAAAAGCCGAUAGCGUCGCCCGAGAGACUCUGCGCCUGAAUUCCUUUGGCGGACGUGCCGUCUUCCGAAAAGUCUUGGUAGACGGCUUCAAGACCCCCGACGGCUAUCAUCUCCCCAAGGGAACCCUCAUCUCCUUCCUCGGACAGCCGGCUCAGACGGAUGGCGAGGUGCUGGAAGACCCGCUGAAAUAUGACCCCUUCCGCUUCUCCCGCAUGCGCGAGGAUGCGGCCGCAAAGGACGAGAAGGCGCCGCCGGUCACAUUUGUCACCACGAGCCCCGAGUAUCUGCCUUUCGGGCACGGAAAGCACGCGUGCCCCGGUCGAUUCUUGAUUGACUUUGAGUUGAAGAUGAUUAUCGCCUACGUUUUGGGUCACUAUGACGUAGAAUUUCCGCCUGAAUACAAUGGCAAGCGUCCGGAGAACUACUGGCUCACGGAGGCAUUAUUCCCGCCAAACGGGGUCAAGCUCCGAAUCAGAAGGAAGACGGAAACCAAGGGACUGUGAAGGACCCGGCUACUCGAAACAGGGGAACCGGAGACGCGGAAUGAAAGUAAUGAUAUUGAGUUCAAUGAUCCGAAGCCGCUGGAAUAGUUUGGGAAGCCUAAGAAGUACAUGGGAUACAUGGUUAUGCAAAACGACCGAUCGACCCGAGAUGUUUCUCACUUGUAGCGAUUUUCAAUCAGAAAAUUCUCGACGCUCCGUUACAGUGGUAUAUAAGCACAUUGCGGUCAUCUUCUAGCAGUUCUGUGAGGUUUCGAGGGGAUCUGGUAUGAUGUGAAGACCGAGUGGAGGCCUAGUAAGUCUUGCAUCAUAAUUGUAGAUCACUCUGAUAAGGCGGGAGUUCUAAGUGAGUUCGAUCGUAGUCCCGAAUGAAGAGCCUCAUUGUAUCCGCAGAACCAGCUUAAAAUAUACCUUUUGCCAACGGCAACGCACAAUUUACAAGUAAUCACACAGAG